AGUGCCAGUGAUUUGUUGACACGUGUCGUUAUCGUGACGUCAUGCAAAUAAAUAGGAAAAAGAAAAAGAAUCAAUGUUGAGAGUGGGAUUUGAACCCACGCCCUUUCGGACCAGAACCUUAAUCUGGCGCCUUAGACCAACUCGGCCAUCUCAACCUUGAUAUUCUUCCAACAGCUUGAAGGAAUUUGAAUAAGUUUUCAGGUUUAGGAAUUUAAUUCAAAGUAUUUCCAGCCAACAAUCUCCCACUCCCUCCAAAUUUUCAAUUGAAGAAACUCCGAUCAUAAAAUAUUACUCUUUUACUUCCGCUGACGGUGCCGGCGAACAGGCUCAAGUCGUUGAAAUUGGGGAAGGGACAGAGUUUAGUCGAAAACUAAGUCCAAUGGAUUCACCCAAGCACUUAAUCUCCAAUUCGUGGACUCGGUUAUUGAAGCUUGGAUAAUAGGUUUCUCUGUUGUUCUGCUUAAAAAAUAGUCGCUAUUAAGCUUUUAUGUAUGAGGUAGAUGGCUGCAAUUUACUAGCUUCUCUUCGUCUAAAAGUUUUAAAUUAUAUAUUUGAUGAGGUAAUGGUGUGGAGGAAGAGAGAGUUGUUGGAAUUUAUUUGAGUGGCCGAAAUACAUUUCUGUAAAUGUUCAUGAGUUGCCAAAUUUAUACCAAGUAUGAGAUGCCAUUUUUUCCUCAAUAUGUAUUGGGCCUAUCUUCCAACUACCAAUACGAGAAGUUGCAAAUUCUUUAGUUCUAUUUCGCCAAAUGUUCAACCAAUUCUUCCUUCUUUCUCUUCUCAAAAUGUGAAAGUGAAAGGGAAGGCACUUGCCAAUCUGUUGCUUGCACCAGUUUCAAACAAAUCAAUUUUGUACUACAGGAAGGUUCAUUGUCAAGUUAUCUUGUGGGGAUUACAACAUGAUGUGUUUUUAUCAAACCUUCUCCUGCAUUCGUAUUUCAAAAUUGGGAGUGUUUUUGAUGCAGGAACAUUGUUUGAUAAAAUGCCUAAUAGGAACCUAGUAUCUUGGUCUUCCGUGGUUUCUAUGUAUACCCAAUUAAGGUAUAAUGAAAAAGCAUUGCUUUAUUUCUUGGAUUUCCAGAGGACCUGUGAUGAUAAACCGAAUGAGUAUAUUUUAGCUAGCAUUAUCAGAGCUUGUGUUCAACGUGAUGGUGGUGAACCUGGUUCCCAAGUCCAUAGUUACGUUACUAAAGCAGGUUUUGACGAGGAUGUUUAUGUGGGAACCUCUUUGGUGGACUUGUAUGCGAAACAUGGUGAGAUAGAUAAAGCAAGAUUGGUAUUUGAUGGUUUAGUAUUCAAAACUCCUGUCACUUGGACUGCUAUUAUUACGGGGUACACGAAAAGUGGAAGGAGUGAGGUUUCAUUGCAAUUGUUUAACUUAAUGAUUGAAAGUAAUGUUAUACCUGAUAAAUAUGUGCUCUCGAGCAUUCUAAAUGCAUGUUCUGUGCUUGGUUAUCUGAAAGGUGGUAAGCAAAUUCAUGCUUAUGUUCUGAGGAGAGAAACAAAGAUGGAUGUGUCGACAUAUAACGUUCUUAUAGACUUCUACACAAAAUGCGGUAGAGUAAAAUCUGGGAAAGCGCUUUUUGAUAGAAUGGAUGUUAAGAAUAUUAUUUCUUGGACUACCAUGAUUGCUGGGUACAUGCAAAAUUCAUAUGAUUGGGAAGCUGUGGAACUAGUUGGUGAAAUGUUCAGAAUGGGAUGGAAGCCUGAUGAAUAUGCUUGCUCAAGCGUUCUUACUUCAUGCGGUUCACUUGAUGCAUUACAGCAUGGAAGACAAAUACAUUCUUACACUAUCAAGGUUUGUCUUGAACAUGAUAACUUUGUGACAAAUGCUCUAAUUGACAUGUAUUCCAAAUGUAAUUCGUUGGAUGAUGCAAAACGAGUCUUUGACGUCGUGACUUGUCCCAGUGUGGUUUAUUACAAUGCAAUGAUUGAAGGAUAUUCAAGACAAGAGUACUUGUGUGGAGCAUUGGAAGUUUUCCAAGAGAUGAGGCUAAAAGAUGUUUCACCAAGCUUCUUAACAUUUGUAAGCCUUCUAGGUUUGUCAGCUGCAUUAUUAUGCUUGCAACUGAGCAAGCAAAUCCAUGGUCUUACCAUCAAAUAUGGAUUCUCUUUAGAUAAGUUCACUAGCAGUGCUCUUAUAGAUGUUUAUUCAAAAUGUUCAUGCAUUAGAGAUGCACGAUAUGUGUUUGAAGGGACAACUAAUAAAGAUAUAGUUGUUUGGAAUGCACUGUUUUCUGGAUAUAACCUACAAUUGAAAAGCGAGGAGGCUUUCAAACUAUACUCAGAUUUACAACUCUCAAGAGAAAGGCCAAAUGAGUUCACUUUUGCAGCUUUGAUUACAGCAGCCAGCAUUUUGGCAAGUCUCCAACACGGUCAACAGUUCCAUAAUCAAGUUAUGAAGAUGGGACUAGAAUCAGACCCUUUCAUCACGAAUGCCCUUGUGGAUAUGUAUGCCAAGUGUGGGAGUGUCGAAGAGGCUGAAAAAAUCUUUUCAUCGUCAGUAUUGAAAGAUACUGCAUGCUGGAACUCCAUGAUUUCAAUGUAUGCACAACAUGGAAAAGUAGAAGAAGCUCUUAGAAUGUUUGAAAUAAUGGUGAGCAAUGACAUAAAUCCCAAUUAUGUCACUUUUGUGAGUGUGCUAUCAGCUUGUAGUCAUGUGGGAUUUGUUGAAGAUGGACUUCAACAUUUCAAUUCAAUGGCCAGAUAUGGAAUUGAACCAGGAAUAGAACACUAUGCAUCAGUUGUUACUCUUUUAGGUCGGGCUGGGCAGUUAACUGAAGCUCUAGAAUUCAUUGAGAAGAUGACAAUAAAACCAGCAGCAUUAGUAUGGAGGAGCUUGCUUAGUGCAUGUAGAGUUUUCGGCAAUGUCGAGUUAGCGAAACAUGCAGCGGAGAUGGCAAUUUCAAUUGACCCCAUGGACAGUGGAUCAUAUGUUAUGCUUUCAAACAUUUUUGCAUCUAAAGGAAUGUGGGGAGAUGUUAAAAGGCUGAGGUUUAAAAUGGAUGUUAAUGGUGUAGUUAAAGAACCUGGACAAAGCUGGAUCGAGAUCAAUGGUGAAGUUCAUACAUUUGUUUCCAGAGAUAAAGUCCAUGAUGAGACUGAUUUAAUUUAUCUAGCUUUGGAUGAACUAACUAUGCAGAUGAAAGAUGCUGGGUCUGUACCUGAUACCACAAUUCUUGAAAUGAUUGAUUGAGAUAUGAAAUUGCAGCAACACUCUGUUCUUCUUUUCUUUUUUAUAUACUAACUAGCUUAAAAAUUCCGUUGCCAUAGAUUGAAUCUAUGACCAUGUAAAGAGAAUUGUUACUAAAAUUGAUAGUUUAAGGCUUCCCUUCAUACCAUUUACUUCUACUUUGUGUUGAUAGUUUACAAAACAUGUACUAUCCUAAACAUUAUGUGAGUCAAUAUUUACAUCAUUU